AUGCCCGCUGGUGACUCCUCAGAUCCGAGUACCGAACCUGUUGCCGCCGAAUCUGAGCUCUCCAUUGCUCAGAUGCUUCAAGCUAUAAGACGUCAGGAUACAGAGAACCAAAGAAUUGUCAACUCCAUCAACCUCCUACUGGAAGCUUGGCAGCUUGCUGUAUUCCGCCUGAACACCCUAAAGCGCCGUCUUGAAGCAUGGCAUCCAGGAGAACUCGAUGCAGAGAAUGUGGACCUGGAUCACCUCGCUCGACUUACCCGCGUUGUUCAAGCCGACAAGUAUGAGGGUGACUUGUUAUCUGCGAUCAUGCGUCGCAUCAGACGGCUCAGUGGGACGGUCGAUGAGCUGGAGCAGCUGGCAGUCAAGCUGAAGACCAAGGCUCGGGCAGAUGGAGACAGCGAGGUUCGCGACUUUGCACAGGAGACUGAAGACCGGAUGAAGGAAUGUCAUAUGGAGGCCAAGAGAAUUACAGAGCAGAUCAUCACGCAGCGCGAGGAAAUCAUGGACGGACUUUGA